CCAGACUUCAUUCAGGAAUUCUUCCGUGCACGUUUUUGAUCUCAACACUCUCGAUGGAUCCGGGGAACGACGGAGUGGCAAAUUCACAGGCUAGGGACUUGGUUCUCGUUUUGAAUUUUUACGCUUUCGUCAGACUCACCGACAUGUCGCCAUCUAGAGGAUCUGAUGUUCUGGUCUAGGCCCAGUAACCCUCAGGGACCUUUUGCCGUUGCCUCACGAGCUGCCCUGUUUGGGCAGUUCAUUGCGAUCCUUCUAUGGAGCAUACGAGGAAUCACACUGACUCAAACUCGGUCUGCCGUAUGCCGGUUGGGAAGAGUUUUCCUGAUCAUAGGAUGGGGAUGACUCGAUCUACAGUCUGGACGGUGGUACUUCCAAACGAUGACCAGGCAGUAUAACUACCUUGAUGAAAUUGGAUGAUGGGUUGGAAUACAAUAAGGGCUUUGGUUGUUGUCUUGCAGAUCUUGAAGCCCUGGAAUCCCGCACCAAUUUCACUUCCUCAUCAGAUUCAUCAUGGAUCAAAGAAAGCCUCUCGACAAGAGUCUGCCGACUGUGGUGACCCUUCUUACUGAGCUGGGUUCAAGUUCUGAAGAUGAUGUCUCUGAGAAACGCGAAACAACACCUCGGGAUGAGGCAGAUGUUCUUGCUUCCUAUGGCCUCGAAAGAGAGUCUAAUGGAGUGAUCAGCUGGGCUCGAGGAAGCAAACAUCAUCCUCGAAACUGGCCGACUAAGCGCAAAAUCUACGACACAGCUUUGAUAAUUCUACUGGAACUGUACACGACUGUUAUAAGCACUACAGGAGCAGCGGUUGCUGAUAUUGCUGGGCCCGAGUAUGGAAUGAGCAAGCUCACUGCACUGUUUGCCUUCACGUUCAUGUAUCAACUGGGUCAAGCAAUAGGAGGCUAUCUUAUACCUCCUUUCUCGGAACUGGCAGGGAGGCGAUACCCAUAUCUCGUAUCUUCAGCUGCCUUCACAAUAUUCUGCGCUGUAAUAUCACUUGGAGGGUCGUCCUCGCCGGCCACCAUCUUUGUCGGUCGUUUCAUCACGGGUUUCGCAUCAGCUGUACCCUCGGUUGUUAUCGCCGGCAGCGUUGAGGACCUCUUUGACACUCGAGCUCGGGUGUGGGUGGUCGUGCUCUGGAACGCGGCAACGACAAUUGCGCUCUGCCUGGGGCCCAUCUAUGCCUCGUACAUCAUUGCCGCGCCUCAUGCAGGCUGGCGAUGGGUAUACUACAGCGCUUCUAUAGUCACAGGCGCGCUCACCAUGGGCCUCCUAGCAGUCAAGGAGAGCCGCCCCAGCGUCCUGCUCGGGCGAAGAGUGGCGCUGCUCGCCAAGGAGCGGAUCGGAGUUGUGAAGGAUCUGAGGUGGAACAAUGCGGACUCGGCUGCAGGAGGGUGGAGAACGUUUGCGCAGUUGGUGGUUGUGAGGCCGGCGCACAUUCUCUUUACAGAGCCGCUCGUGAUCAUGAUCGCCUUUAUUUCCGGCAUUUCAUGGGGAAUCAUCUACCUGUUCACGGAAUCGACCAGCGGCAUCUACCAGUCCAUGGGGUUCACCAAGACUACGGCCUCGCUGCCGUUUCUGGCCCUUGCUUGUGGGGUGUUUUUGACAUUUCUCCCGCGCUUCUGGGAUAUGAAAGUUGUGCGGCGUCGUCACCAGGCGAAAGAGCCCGUGGAACCUGAAGAUAAAAUCAUGGGUUUUGCCUUUGCAGCCCCAGCCCUUGCCAUCGGGCUCUUCUGGUUCGCAUGGACAGUUCCCCCAGCAGCACCAAGCCUCCCAUGGAUCGUCCCUACGCUGGCACUGGUCCCCAUCGGGUUUGCCGUCAACGAGAUAGCCUACACACUCAGCGGCCUCUUGGCAGACUCUUACCUGCUCUAUAGUGCCUCUGCCUUCUCCGGGCUGGCCUUUGUCAGAGCCAUCAUUUCCGGGCUGAUGACGCUUGUGGCACAGCCCAUGUACAAGAACUUGAGCGCCAACGAUGCCGGAUCCAUCCUGGCUGGGGUCUCGGUACUUUUCUGCUUGGCACCCUGGGUAUUCCUCCGGUAUAGCAAGAGGCUGAGACAAGCCAGUCCUUUUGCCAAGUACAGCGUGGAGAUGGAUCGUGCUACGUGGGCUCAGGGGGAGGCGUGAACCGCGAACGCGCAAUGUUGCAUAACAUGAUUUCUGCUAAAGAAUUAGAAUUUAGUAUAGUCGUCAUAGAUACUUACUGUGUACUACUCUCGUGGUACAAGAUAGAUGCAUCUUGAGGGGAGGUGGAAAGGUGGAUUACUACGCACAAAGAUCCCCUGGAUUUAGGCAACAAAAAAGGUGGAUACAAGGGUGGUAGAUAAAAGUACAGAUCUGAAUUCUCAUGAAUGAACUCGCUUUGGUUUCCC